ACUAUGAUAUUUAAGUAAAUGCGUUGAUAUUGAGUCUCUCUUUCUCUCCACAGUACUCUGUGCAGCCCAGCAUUCAGCCCAGCCUGAGACUCGGCAGGUGAAAGGCAUCGUGGGAAAGUUUCUCUCUUUUCCAGUGAGGGUGUUGAAGUCUGGCAAUUUACUUUAUGGAGACCUUGGCAAUAUUGCACAGGUGUACCCUGGUAAACAAAGUAAUACCAACCUUGUGAAGAGAUUUAAAUACCGCCUUCACUGGAACAAUGUUACUGGAUUCUUCACUUUGUCAGACCUACAAAUAGAGGAUUCUGGGGUUUAUACCAUGGAGAAUUUUGAUUAAGUUGAAGAGAAGACGACACAUACAUUUCAGCUGACUGUGUACUGUAAGUGUGUGUGUGUGGGUGUGUGUGUGUUGUAAAUGACAAAAUCAUUAAAGUGGCAAUCAGCAGCAGAAACGUUAAUAAAGCGUUCUCCCCGCCCCUAGUUCUGUAAAAAGCUGAGGGAUAGGGCUGGAGAAAUGUAACAACUCUCAAAUUCAUAGACAGAGCUAUGGAUGCAAGGACUGAUCAACAAUUAUAUAAAAAUUAUAGUUUUAACCAUGUUUUGAGACCAUAUAGUGUUUGUUUACAAUUUCUUUGUUUACAAACACCGGAGUAAACAAGCUUAUGUGUUCUCUGAUGGAGACUAAGCUCAUGAGGCACUUAUAAGUUAUAUUCUUCAAGAAUCGAUGGGUACAUAUAAUUAAUUUAUAAGUCAAAAAAUUGAUGGAGCAGCUGCUCUUUGCCUCUUUACAGAUACAGUGGGUAUAGAAAGUCACCAGCCCCUUUCAGAAUAUUCAUAUUUUGUUGCCUCACAGCCUGAAAUGAAAACACAUAAUAUGUGCACACAGUAACCCACAAUAUCCAAGUGGGAAGAAAAAAUCUAACCCCCCCACCUUAGAAUUGCAAUUGCAAACUUGCUGAGGCAUAACCAACCACCUUCCAGAUCACAAAUCAAGCUAAUUGGCUUCCAUCUAUGAUCAAUUGUAGUGACUUUGAUUAGUUCAGAAUAAAAGCAGUUGUUCAUAGAGGACUCCACUGCUUAGUAGUGCAAAUCAAAGCAAAGAAUCCACUAUGGGCGGAAAGGUACUUUCAAAAGAUUUAAGAGAUAGAUUCGUGGAAAGGCACAAGUCAGGGAUGGCUAUAAAAAGAUUUCAAAGGCUUUGUCUAUCCCUCGGAGCACAGUUAAGACCAUUAUUAAGAAGUGGAAGGCGUAUGGCACCACCCAGACCCUGCAUUGAUCAGGCCGUUCCUCCAAACUGGAUGACCGGGCAAGGAGACUGAUUAGAGAGGCUACCAAGAAGCCAGUAGCUUUUGAAGGAGCUUCAGGCCUUUAUGGCAAGGAUUGGUCAAUGUGGGAAUGUGACCACACAAUCACAAGCGCUCUACAAAUCUGGCCUCUAUGGGAGGCUGGCAAGAAGAGAAAAAAAACUGCUAAAAAAAAGCCACAUCAAGUCUCGUUUGAGCUUUGCCAAAAAGCACAUUGUAGAUUCCGAGGACAAGUGAAAUCUUUCCACCCAAAGAACACCGUGCCUACAGUAAAGCACGGCGGUGGCAGCAUUCUGGUGUGGGAGUGUUUCUCUUCAGCAGGGACUGGAGCACUUGUCAGGAUAGAAGGGAAAAUGGAGAGUGCAAAAUACUGACAGAUUAUUGAGGAGAACCUGUAGCCCUCUGCCAGGAAGUUGAAAAUGGGAAGAUGGUUCAUGUUUCAACAUGACAAUGACCCAAAGCACACCGCCAAAGUAACAGUACAGUGGCUGAAGGACAGGAAGGUGAAUAUCCUUGAGUGGCCUAUUCAGAGCCCCGACCUAAAUCCCAUCGAUGUGGAAUGAAUUGAAGAGUGCAGUCCAUGAGUGGUCAUCAUUCAAUUUGACUGAAUUUGAACAAUUCUGCAAGGAAGAAUGGGCGAAUAUUGAAUAGUCUAGGUGUGCAAAGUUGGUAGAGACGUAUUCAAGGAGAAUCAUGGCUGUAAUUCAAGCAAAAGGUGGUUCCACCAAGUAUUAACUCAGGGUGGUGUUCACUUAUACAAAUUGGGUAUUUUACUGUUUUAAUUUUAAAUAAUUAUCAGAGUUUUGUGGAUUAUUUUUUUUACUUGGAUAUUUUGGGUUACUGUGUAUAAAUAAAGCCGGAAAAUCUAAUUGUAUGUUUUUUCAUUUCAGGCUGUAAGGCAACAAAAGGUGAACAUUUUGAAAGGGGGUGGUGACUUUCUAUACCCAUUUCACCAAUUCCCAUUUUUUCAUUAUUUGUCUUCCAGAUGUUCUGUCCAAACCUCAGGUGACGGUCCAUGACAACAGCUCCUGUAGCAUGGUGUGUUCUGUGGAGAACGGGAGAGAUGUGACCCUGUCCUGGUACAGAGGAGGGAAGCUACUAAACCAGAGCAGCAGCCCUGACCUCAAAAUCACCCUCUCUCUACCUCUCAAGGUGGAUGAACAGAACAGAGACUCUUACAGAUGUGAGGCUGCCAACCCAGUCAGCAAGGAGACCACUGUUGUUCCAUAUUCCUGUAUAGAGAGUGAUCCCUCCAAGGUGGCAGGUACAAAAAAAACAUGUGCAGUAGCAAUGUUAAAUUGCUGAUAUCCAGACAAUAUCAAAUUCACUACGAAACAAUAAGUAUGGUAGAGGUCAUUUUAUGAAACACAAUGUUUAAAUUAAAAUAUUGUUUUCUCUCUUUUUAUUUUAGAUGGUGAUGAGAGGACUCGAGGUUGUCUUAUUAUUGCUGUAAUCUGCGUUUUGGUUGCCUCAGGACUUGUUGGACUUGCAAUCUAUCUAAAGAAGGGUAGAAAUGGACACUCACAUGGCAGGUAUUUAUCUUUUAGCGGGGUGAGGUCAUUCUCCUUGUCAAAGUCAAACCUUUUUCAAUUAUCAAGGAUAGUGUUUUGGAAAAGGUAGAACAUUUUUGUCUGAACAACGGAUGCAGGUCAAAUGAAGUGGCAUAUCUUCCACACUUCCUCUGCUUGGUCAGACAGUUACAUUAUCUCAGACCACUUCUCUAAAUGUUGAAAAAGCAGAAGGCACAUAUACACAAGCACACUCUGACAAUGAUUACUUUAUAGCUUCUAUGGCGCCAAAAGGAUUGCUAACACAGACACAGAUAUCCAUAGUAACAUAAGUCCUUAGUGUUUGCAGUACCUGUCUUGGGGGUGAGCAUUUGUGCAUAUCUAUCAGUUACUCCCACCCACAUUGUAUAUUUCAUUUCCUUUAUUUGCCUUUAUAGAUUCACCCGGAAGAAAGCAAGAUUACAUUCAGUACACAGCCAUAACUCACAUUAAACCAGCAGAUAACCAGGUUAGUGAUAAUGCUACAGGCUGAUAAACAUAGGAGACGUAAUACAGCAGCUUUUGCAGCACUCAUGGCUACAACUAUAGGAUUUAGUUCUGUGCCAGUGGGUUAAUGUGGUAUUGAGUUGCACAGACAACCUGAGUUAAAUAACCUGCCUGAUGUCAUUGCAACCAGUUUUGCCCAUAUUAUAUGGUUGGGUUGCAUAAUGAGAAGCCACACAGCACAUAUUGUAUUUACACUGAACAAAAAUAUAAAUGCAACAGGUAGUGUUGGUCCCAUGUUUCAUGAGCUGAAAUAAAAGAUCCCAGAAAUGUUCCAUAUGCACAUGAAGCUUAUUUAUCUCAAAUGUUGUGCACUAAUUUAUUUACAUCAGUGCAUUUCUCAUUUGCCAAGAUAAUCCACCCACCUGACAAGUGUGAAAUGUCAAGAAGCUGAAUAAACAGUAUGGUCAUUACACAGGAGCACCUUGUGCUGGGGACAAUAAAAGGCCACUCUAAAAUGUGUAGUUUUGUCAUACAACACAAUGCCUAAAAUGUCUCAAGUUUUGAGGUAGCGUGCAAUUGGCUUGCUGACUGCAGGAAUGUCCACCAGAGCUGUUGCCAGAUAAUUUAAUGUUAAUUUCUCUACCAUAAGCCGCCUCCAACAUAGUUUUAGAGAAUUUGGCAGUACGUCCAACCUGCCUCAGGAGUAUUUCUGUCUGUGAAAAAGCCCUUUUGUGGGGAAAAACUCAUUCUCAUUUUCUGGGCCUGGCUUUCGCGUGGGUGGACCUAACUCAGUAAAAUCUUUGAAAUUGUUGCAUGUUGCAUUCAUAUUUUUGUUCAGUAUAGUAAUGCCUCUGAUCUUCCCGUGUCUUGAACAGUAUUUGUCAAGUCUGUGGACUUUUAAGCUUGGCUUCUUGGUUCCUCCCACUACCUUUAGGAAUGGUUCUAGAUGUGUGUUGUGUUGACUGUUGAGUUGCCUACUGCAGAUCAAUGAGACAAAGUAUCUAAUAAUGAAACAUAUUGCUAUUUUUUUAUUUGUCUUAUUUUUUUGAUUUCCUACACCUUUUCUCGCCCCUCCCCUCCCUGCCCCUCUUUCCUUGUCCCUCUCAAUCCUUCCCUCCCUAACUCCUUCCCUCUCCCUGUCUAGGAGGAGCGAACAGCUAUACCAGAACUGGAUCCGCUUAGAGACAACCCUAACCUGACAUCCGUUUAUUAUCACAGUUAUAUCGCAUGGCGAACAGCGAUGACGUUGACACUGCAUGA